UGAAUUGGGUGGAAUAACUCACAUGCCUAGUUACCACUGUUCUGAUAAUGUGAGCAUAGAAUGAAACAAAGGUAACCAAGCAUUUAAAUUAUAUAUGUGAGUGAAUUGGGUGGGAUAACUCACAUGUCUAGUUACCGCUGUUCUGAUAAUGUAAGCGUGGAAUCAUAUUAUGCGUGAUUUAAUGGUCCGAAAUGUUUUUGAAUUAUUAAAUCAUGAGUUUUUUACUUUUUUAGAAUGUAAUUGUUACAAUCACUCCGAUGUUUGUGUCUACAAUGCAACCAUUGCCAAUAACGUUUGUUCCUAUGGCAACAACGCAACGAAUGACGAAUGCAGUAUGGAUAUUUUUGGCAGAUACAGCGGUGGCGGGGUUUGUCAAGGUUGCCAGGCAAGAUAAUCAACAAACUUGUAGUUAUUCCAUUUUAGUCAUUUUGGUGCAGUAAUUUCACUAGUAAGAAUAAUGACUGCGCGUUUACAAUCUUAACCCAACCUUAGGUGAAAGUGCGACUAAGCACAAAUAUAUUUUUGGUAUAUAUAAUAUUUGGGUGAUUCGAAGAGGAAAUGUAAUAUAUCUUUAUAGUAAAAAAUCUCAUCUUGAUCAACUUUUUCACUGUCAAAUUUUCUGGAUGUCAUUAGAUGAAUUUUAGCAGCAAAAAGCAAUGGAACACUAAUUCGCAAUUCACCUAAUGACAUCAUAUCCGGAAACUUUGUCAAUGAAAAAGUUGAUCGAGAUGGGAUUUUUUUAUUAUAAAGAUACAUUACAUUUCUUCUUAGAAUGAACCAAAUAUUGCACAUACAAAAAAAUCAUAUUUGUGGGUUACUACAGUAACUACACUUUAAGGGUCAUCAUCUACCUAUACUGUCUAGGCUCAAGAUUGGUUGAUUAUAACAAUGAAUAACAAUAGAACUAUAGAAAUUGUCUUUCUAAAGAACGAGUCACAAACAAGGAUUCUUUUGUUUCUGAAAGCCAGUCACAAAAAAUGAUCAUUUUGGUUUUUCAUUGGUUCUCCCGUCUCACAGGGAAAGUUGUCAGGGUGAGACCCAAGCAUUAAAAGCAGUUAAAUAAACGAUAUCAUUAUCUCUACAACAGGACAACACAGAAGGAAUAAAUUGCCAGAGAUGUAUUACGAAGUAUUAUCGUGAAGGAGGCAAGAGUCAUUGGGACAAUGAUGCCUGUCAACGUAAGACUCAUAAUUCAAUAGUAAUAAUAUAUAGCUUUUCGCACUGCGAUGCAGAGGGCCCUUGCAUGACACUUUGAUCGAAAUUAAUCGACACUUUGAUCGAAUUUGAUCGAAUCAUCAUUCAUUGAUCGAAAUGUUUCAUUCUCUUCUCAUUGUCUUGAAAUUCCCGCUGUCUUCUAACCCAGUCACAUAUUUCAUUGACAUUGUUAUAUUUGGACCUCUUCAGCGCGAAAAAAAAAACACAGAAUCGUUACAUUUUUUAAAAUUUUUAGGGUGCGAUUGUUUCGUGAAUGGUACGAUGAAUACAACAAGAAAUGGCGUUGAAUAUUUAGAUUGCGUAAGAGAUGACGAAGAGGCAGCCGAGCUUGGGGAUCUGGUAAGGAAAAUUGAAAAAUCUUCUCCAUGAGCUAAAAACUGAGCCCUCGCCCCCAUCUCUCGUUAACUCUGGUUUACACUAUCAAAGUUUCUGUGAUCACAGUAGGAAUUUUGCAUUGGUAAAUUCUAAGUUUUGAGGGGUUUACAAGAAAUGUUUGAGGGAUCUUUAACUCUGGAUCAGUUUUCUCAAACAUUUCUUACAAAUCCUUCAAAACUUAGAAUAGAGCUUUCCCCUUAUAACUAAAAUUUUGAUGUAGACAAGUCUAGACAAAACGUUCACCACAGCUUGAAAGAGCAUCACAAAAUUAGUAAUUUUCCGAAGUUUCGUUGCGAAAUGUUGUAAAAUGCGGAUAAUAUAGCCCUGCGAAAUUUGCAAUUUUCAGUCAUUUUGUAUUGCAAACGGGAAAUUGAUGCCCCAACACCCGAUUGGGAUGUCAAUUUCCCAUUUGUAAUACAAAAUGACUGAAAAACGGCAAACUUCGCAAGGCUAUAUUAUCCGCAUUUUACAACAUUUCGCAACGAAACUUUGGAAUAUUACUAAUUUUGUGAUGCUCUUUCAAGCUGUGAUGAAAUUUUUGUCUGGAUCAAAAUUUUAGUUAUAAGGGGAAAGGUCCAUUUACCUUUGCACAAUUUCUAUACUGUGAUCACAGAAACUUUGAAAGUAUAAGCCAGCCUUAACACCUGAGCGAUGAGAAAACUUGAUAGUUUAUCUGUUUUAAUGAAUCCGUAUUCCUAGGUUGCAGGUCAAUGUCUUUGUAAAAAUAAGACCACUGGAAGACAAUGUGAUCGCUGUGUUGAUGGGUAUUAUAACCUGACUGCAGAUAAUCCUCAAGGAUGUUUAGGUAAAUAACAAAUUAAGAACGGACACGGAUGACGGUUGCACACUGGUUAGUGUGGAACACCAGCACUUGCGCAAGUGUCGUUGUCACAAUGCUUGCUUUUCAACCUGGCGUCUAGCAUCCCCCCCCCCUAGAGAGGUCCAGCACCACCCUAAAAAAGUCUGCUUGACCAUACAUUUUCUGCUUUUCGAAUAGCGAUUAGCGGAACUUCUACUGUUAGCGCGUGUCGAUUUCUUGAAACUUUUUAAUUGAUUUGUGAGCUCACGAGAAAAUACUCAGAAUGCUUUGGUUAGUUAUCAUGGUUAAAUAUGUAAACAUGCCGAGGUUGUUAUACAGCCAUAUUUUCAAAUAUACUGUACUUUAACAAGCAAGUUUACUGUACUGUGCUGCAGCAACUGUCCAGUCACGCGUACGUGAUAAAAGCCGAUAUAAACGUUAUAAACAAAAGAUAAUGUAAAACGUAACAGAACGGCGAACAUGCAGAUUCGGCCAUCUCAAAUAAUGGUAAUGUUGGGACCGUAGCGUUGCAGACUGCAGAUGAGAGUGGGCAGUAAGCAGUGGCGGAAACUUUGCGAAAUUUUGGGGGGGCGAGUGCCGAAGGCACGAGUUUUUUAGGGGGGUCUGGGGGCAUGCUUCUCCAGAAAAUUUUUAAAAUUUGGACCCCUGAAAUGGCAUUUGCAGCAUUCUGAGAGCGCAUUUUGUAAGAAAUUCCAGGUUUUCAAAACAUUAAGUUAAUGGUGAAUUUUGGUUUAAAUCAUGUGGUAAACAUAAAAAACCGGUAAUCUGAACUUGCAGUACGUAAUAAAUAUCUAAACCAGAGAAGUGAAAGAACACCUGAAAAUUACUACCUAUAGAAUAGGUACUGUAUAGGUUUGUAAAUGACGAAGGACGAAUCGAAGAACGAUAUUAUGAUCUUGUUAGACUUAAAGAGACUGAUGCCGAAACCAUUGUGAAUGAAGGAGUUUUGCCAACAAGUAAAAAACUGAGCUUGUCGGCCAGUCUCCUUGCACUUGGAGCAGAUGGCGCAUCUCGGCAUCUGUUAUGAGCGGAUGUUACGAAGGCGUUGCUGCUAAACUGAAGAGAUAUUAUCCUUGGUUGAUUUAUGUUCACUGUGCUGCGCACCGUCUGAAUUUGAUUGUAGCGGCUUAUUUUCGUACAGUCAAUGAAGCAUGUAGUGUAAUAAAUGUCUACAAGGCUUUGCACAUCAUUUUCAACGUCGCUGGCAACAGAGAAAUAUUCGAAGCUGUUCAAAAGGAGCUUUAUCCGAAACAGCCCAUAAUGGUGGCUUCCUCCCUUACAGAAGUUCGACGGGCUUGUAAGUUUGAAGGUGUUAAUACAACGGUUAAAAGACUUAAAGCGAUUCUCGUAAGCCUUCAAAAGAUCGGCGCUUCAAAUUCGAACCAAGCCGAUUCAGCAGCGGGACUCUACCACACGAUUCUCUCCGGAUUCGCCCCCCCUAGUUUCCGCCACUGGCAGUAAGGCUCCCUCAUGCAACACCCCAUGGAAAACCUGCACCCUUCCUUGCAGAUGAGGCUAGACCGCCCCCUGCAGCAGGGGUGGGUGGUUCCAGCGAGGUUUUUUUAGGGGGGGGGGGUGUGUGCUGGGUGAGCAGCCAAGUGUUUUUUUUUAUUUAUAAUUCUUUAGGGGGUGGUGGGAUAGCAUUCAAAUGAAUUGACUUCCUAACAACUCGAGCACCGAAGGCGCGAGCUUCCUAGGGGAUCCAGGGGUUGAAAAUUAGAACCCUAGAAAUGCCACUUCCUGUGAUAUGAGCAUUGAAUUACGAGCUUCAGUUUGACUUGAAAAAAGAGAAAACCUUGAAGAUUAUGCGAUAUUUCUGAAUUUGAUUUUUUGCACCCCUGCAGCUCUGUUGAGUGUUGACCAAGGCCAACAGGGGUGCGCUUCCCUAUGCACCCCCCUAUAAAUCCACCCCUGCCCUGCAGUCGAUAUCCAUGCCAAUGUAAUGUUUGCUUUUCCUACUUUUAUCUUGCAGCAUGUCUGUGUACCACACCGGGAACAGUGAACGCGUCAAUAAACUGUAAUGACAAUGGUGUGUGUUCUUGUAAGCCACGUGUGAUAGGUGAUAAGUGUAGCCAUUGUAAAAAAGGAACAUUCAACUUGGCAAACGACAAUCAGUAUGGUUGUACUGUAUGUAUGUGCAGUGGGAUAACACGAAACUGUACGAGCAGCUCUUUGUAUCGUAGCAAGGUAAGAGACCUUAAAUUCAUGAGUAAAACAAAAACAUCAGUAAGUUUACCGCCUACACACGUAACAACGAACAAGUUGUAACAAAACUACAGCAGUCAAGUCAGUCAGCCAGUCGUUCCAAGAACUUGUCAACAGGAUGCGUUCGCACUGGUUGUUCGCAGCUUGUUGACAACUUGCUACAAGGUUGUUGAGCUCAACAGACUUGUUACAAGUUGUUCCAACAACUUGUUAUCGUCCUGCAAUUCAACAAUUUGUGAACAAAGUUUUGAGUGACACAUCUUGAUGACAAGUUGUGAGAUUUUUACAUGGGCACUCGUGAGCCUAUAAAGGAUAUGACAAACUUUCAAUAAUUUUCGGGUCCCACUGUUCAAUGUUUCAUGUUCAACAUACGCAAAAAUCUCACAUCUUGCACCAAGUUUACUAACAAGUCGUCAACAGUUGUUUUCGCGCUGCUUGUCUCAAGUUGUCAACAAGUUUGGAACAAGCUGUUAACAACUUGUAACAACCUUGUUGAUAUUAUCAGGCUUGUUGCAAGGUUGUUCCAACAAGUCCGAUAUAGUCAUGAUAUAACAAUAUUGUUUCAACCUUGUGUCGUCAACCUUGUAACAUUCUUGUUAUAUCAUGACUCCAUCAUACAGUACUUGUUAGAACAACCUUGUAACAAGUCUGAUAAUGCCACCAAGCUUGUUACAAGUUGUUAACAGCUUGUUCCAAACUUGUUACAACAACUGGGAACAAGCAGUGCGAACACAACUUGUCGUCAGCUUGUGAACAGACUUGUAACAACUCGUUUGCAGACAUGUAACAACUUGUGCGUUUUUACGUGUGUAUAUCAUUUGCUCAAUGAUCAAGGGACCUGGCUUAUGCCCAUGUCACACUACACAGCGAUAACGAUACGAUGACUUGUGUACGCGCGCUGAUUGGUCAACAAUUUAUCGUUAUCGUCCGACCGAAAAAAAAAUCGCUCAGAAUCGUUGUCGUCCAAGGAUAAUUUUAUCAUUUUCGUUGUUGUGUGGACACUAACACAAGUUUUUCGCCAGUUAUCGCGUGUUUACAAUUUAUCGUUAUCUUUGUGCAUAGUGUGACCGGACCUUUAGAGUGAUCUAUUUAAUAUAUGUGCUUUUUGUUCUCCGUUUAGACAAAGUACAAUCUGCACGGUUGGAAUUUGACACGUGGUCUUGACAGGAAUGAAGUAAUAGGGGUCAUGAAAAUCCAGG